GUAAACGUCAAAACAAUCUGCAGCGAACCACAUUGUAAAAAAUAAUUCUUUUUUCGUGGCUUGGCAUUAUUUUCAAUUUACAGCAAAAAAUAUAAAAAUAAUUUAAUAAAUUUCUCUUGAAUAUUGUUCGUUAUUGUUAAGAGACUGAAGAAAACAUAAAAUAAAAUGGCUCGUAAAGGUGGAGCACCCGCAGAGGAUUUAUCAAAUGUAGAAUUUGAGACAAGCGAAGAUGUUGAAGUCAUACCCAGUUUUAAUGCUAUGGGUCUUAAAGAAGAAUUACUCAGAGGCAUUUAUGCCUAUGGUUUUGAAAAACCCUCCGCCAUACAACAGCGCAGCAUCAAGCCCAUUGUAAAGGGACGCGAUGUCAUUGCCCAGGCACAAUCUGGUACCGGCAAAACGGCCACUUUCUCCAUAUCAAUAUUACAGAGUCUUGACACCUCACUGCGUGAAACACAAGUGUUAUGUCUGUCACCUACUCGUGAAUUGGCGGUGCAAAUUCAAAAAGUCAUCUUGGCCUUGGGUGAUCUAAUGAACGUACAGUGUCAUGUUUGCAUUGGUGGCACAAAUUUGGGUGAGGAUAUACGUAAAUUGGAUUAUGGUCAACAUAUUGUUAGUGGUACCCCCGGCAGAGUAUUCGAUAUGAUUAAGCGACGUGUUUUACGUACAAGAGCCAUUAAAAUGUUGGUGUUGGAUGAAGCUGAUGAGAUGUUAAAUAAGGGUUUCAAGGAACAAAUCUAUGAUGUAUAUCGUUAUUUGCCACCAGCCACACAGGUCGUUUUGAUAUCGGCUACAUUGCCUCAUGAAAUUUUGGAAAUGACCUCGAAAUUUAUGACAGAUCCUAUUAGGAUUUUGGUAAAACGUGAUGAAUUGACCCUGGAAGGCAUUAAACAAUUCUUUGUGGCCGUCGAACGUGAAGAAUGGAAAUUCGAUACUCUAUGUGAUCUCUACGAUACCUUGACCAUAACACAAGCUGUCAUAUUCUGUAAUACAAAACGUAAAGUCGAUUGGUUAACGGAGAAAAUGCGUGAAGCUAAUUUCACAGUCAGCUCAAUGCACGGUGAUAUGCCGCAAAAGGAACGUGAUGAAAUUAUGAAAGAAUUUCGAGCUGGACAAUCCCGUGUACUUAUUACCACCGAUGUUUGGGCUCGUGGUAUAGAUGUACAACAGGUGUCGCUGGUCAUUAAUUACGAUUUACCCAACAAUCGUGAAUUGUAUAUACAUCGUAUUGGUCGUUCGGGUCGUUUUGGCCGUAAAGGUGUCGCUAUUAAUUUCGUUAAAUCCGAUGAUAUUCGUAUUUUGCGUGAUAUUGAACAGUACUAUUCAACACAAAUUGAUGAAAUGCCUAUGAAUGUGGCUGAUUUGAUUUAAGUUUGCAGAGGUAGUUACUACAUUUGUUACGAUGUAGUUGUUAUUAGAUGAAAUAAUUGUCUAAUACUAUUUAAUCUAUAUUUUAACAUUAGAUUAUAGAUAAACAGAAUUUUUGAAAUUUAAUCAAAAACUAUUGAACAAAAUUAAGCAUUUCGCUAAUAUGUUUUCUUAAUGAAUUCACCUUCUUGUAUGAGAGUAUUUUUUUUACAAGAAAUGCCUAAUUUUAAGAAAAUUUUUUGUCAUUUAUCAAAGAAAUUAAUAACUUUUUUGUAUAAGAACUCGUAUAAUGAUUUUGCUAAAUAAACUAAUUUAAUAAAAUAAA